AGCUAGCCCCCCAACUCGCCCACCUCCUGCUUUGCAACCCCGAGCCCCCUUGCAGAUGAGCUAGCCCCUUGCUGGCCCACCCCCUGUUCCCGCCCUGCUUUGCACCCCGAGCUCCCUUGCAGAAGGGGAGCUAGCCCCCCAGCUCGCCCACCUCCUGCUUUGCAAUCCCCAGCUCCCUUGCAGAAGAGGAGCUAGCCACCUUGCUCGCCCUCCGCCCUGCUUUGCAACCCCGAGCUCCCUUGCAGAAGGGGGGCUAGCCCCCCAGCUCGCCCACCUCCUGCUUUGCAAUCCCGAGCUCCCUUGCAGAAGGGGAGCUAGCCCCCCAACUCGCCCACCUCCUGCUUUGCAACUCCGAGCUCCCUUGCAGGUGAGCUAGCCCCUCGCUGGCCCAGCCCCUGUUCCCGCCCUGCUUUGCAACCCGACCUCCCUUGCAGAAGGGGAGCUAGCCCCCCAGCUCGCCCACCGCCUGCUUUGCAACCCCGAGCUCCCUUGCAGAAGGGGAGCUAGCCCCCCAGCUCGCCCACCUCCUGCUUUGCAAUCCCGAGCUUCCUUGAAGGUGACGUAGCCACCCUCUUGACCCACCCUCUGUUUCCGUCCUGCUUUGCAAUCCCGAGCACCCUUGCAGAAGGGGAGCUAGCCCCCCAGCUCGCCCACCCCUAGCUCCCGGCCUGCUGUGCAGUUCCGAGCUCCCUUGCAGAAGAUGAGCUAGUCACCUUGCUGGCCCACCCCCUGUUCCCGUCCUGCUGUGCAAUCCCGGGCUCCCUUGCAGAAGAUGAGCUAGCCACCUUGCUGGCCCACCCCCUGUUCCCGUCCUGCUGUGCAAUCCCGGGCUAGCGUGCAGAGUGUCCCCCUCCCAUGCAGAAGGAGAGCUAGCCACUUUACUCGCCCACCCCCGGAUCCCGUCCUGUUUUGCCAUCCCAGGCUCCCCAAGGCGGCAGAGGGCAAUGUCCCCGGGCCUGUCUGGCAGCAGCAGCCGGGGGUUGCCCCCCUGGGUGGGCCAGCUCUGAACUCGCCCCCCACCAAGCCCAAGUUGCCAAUGCCGGGCCCGGGCAAGUGCUCUUUCUAUCGGCUGGCCCUGGGCUCCUUGCUCCUGGUGGCCCUCCUGCAGCUGCUCUACCUGUCCCUGCUGUCCGGGCUCCAUGGGCGGGAGCAGAGCCACAAGUACUCCCAGCUCUUCGAGGCCCGCAAGGCCGGGGACCAGACCAAGGAGCAGCUGCGAGCCGCCCUGGCACGUGGCGGUGUGCUCGACGCCAGCGGCGACUACCGGGUCUACAGGAACCUGCUGAGGGCCGAGGGCGCAGCCCGCGACCUGGUGCUGGCCACGCACGCCAGCCUGGGCAACCUGCCCCACCUGGAGGGCCUGGUGGAGCGAUGGGGCGGCCCCGUGGCCGUGGCCAUCUUCGCGGCCGGCGGGAAGGAGGCCCAGCUGGCCACGGUGUCGGCCUACGCGCUGGGUACCCUCUGCGGGGCCGUGCGGGCCCGGGUGACGCUCCACCUGGUGUGCCCGGCCGGGCACGAGGCCUCCGUCCCCGAGCCCAGGGAGCCCGGGGAGUUCGCCCGGCUGCGGAGCUGCCCGGAGGUGUUCGCCAAGCUGGCGGCGUUGGCCGGCCCCGGGCCCAACUACGCCCUGGGCGCCAACGUCUCCUACCCCAACAACCUGCUGAGGAACCUGGCCCGCGAAGAGGCCGGCCACGCCCUGGUCGUGGACGUGGACAUGAUGCCCAGCGAGGGCCUGUGGGCCGGCUUGUUGGAGCUGCUGGCCCGGGGGGCCGGGAGGGCCGGCACGGCCCUGGUGAUCCCCGCGUUUGAGAUUCGGCGAGCCCGCCGGGUGCCCGGCACCAAGGCGGAACUGCUGCGGCUCUACCAGGUCGGGGAAGUGCGGGCUUUCUACGCCGAGCUGUGCCCUCGCUGCCAGGCCCCAACUAACUACUCCCGCUGGCUCAACCUCCCCUCGGGGGGCAACCUGAGGCCCGCCUACCGGGUGGGCUGGCGGGACCCCUGGGAGCCCUUCUACGUGGCCGGAGGGGCCGUCCCCACCUUCGACGAGCGGUUUCGGCAGUACGGCUUCAAUCGCAUCAGCCAGGCCUGUGAGAUGCACGUAGCGGGAUUCGAGUUCGAGGUGCUGAAUGAAGCCUUCCUGGUUCACAAAGGGUUCAAGGUAGCGGGCGAUUUCCACCCCCGGAAAGAAGCCGAGAACCAACACAACAAGAUCCUCUUCCGCCAGUUCAAACAGGAACUGAAAGCCAAGUACCCUGGCUCUCCAAGACGCUGCUGACCAUCGUCGGACACCCCCGUUCAAGGGGACUGUAAAUCUCCCCUCAAGCCUCGGUGGUUCAGGAAGUGUUAUCCUAACGGAGCGUGAUCCUUUUCCUCCAGCACUUCUUCCCCCUUCCCAUCCCCAGCUACAAGAAUUUGGAUUCUAGGAGGGGAAUGGGAACUGGUGGAGACCACCCUGUCGGGAAGUCGGUGCGGCCUACCGGAAAAUGCACGGGCCUGUGUUCUAAUCCUGGCUCUGCCGCUGGUCUGCCGUGUGACCUUGGACAAAUUACUUGACUUCUCUGUGCUGCCAAAUGGGGAUGAAAUCCUAUUCCCACCUCCUUAACCUGGGAGCCCCACGUGGGGCAGGGACUGUGUCCAACCUGAUUACCUUGUCUCCAUCCCAGCGCUUAAGAGUGGUGCUUGGCACAUAGUAAGUGCUUAACAGUCACCUAAAAAAAAAGAAAAGGAAGACUUAUCUGAGAGUUGAGGCCUUUAGGAAAGGGCUGAGAGGCAGGAGUCUUGGAUUCUAGUCUCUGCUCUGGGAGGAAGGCACGGACUUGUGAUUUCUCCAUCCCGCCCUUGAGCCUAGUGAGGCUCUAGAGGAUUUGGAACUUUCAUCCUUAAUUUAGAGGACUCCAAGGAUACGAAUAAAGAGCCCCAGAUUGGAGAUGCUAACCUCGAAAUAAACUCAGUGCCAGAUGUUUACUCACUAUACUAUUGUUCCAAUAAAUUAUUGUUGACAUCAA